CCCACAUUGCAUUGCGAUAAACAACCAAGAUGGCGGAGGAAGAAGAGGGAGGCGGUGACCAGUUAGAGAACCGGCUGUUACCAGAGCCAGAUGAUGAAGAUGAGUUUGCUGACAUGGAAGUUGAAGACCAUGACAGUGAAGAGGCUGAAAAACCAAGUAUCAUCAAUUUUGAUCCAAGUCUGCCUACUGCACACUCUUACUUGGGAAUGGACAUGGAGGAGUUUCAUGGUCGUACUGUGCAUGAUGAAGAGAGUAGACCAACCAUCCCAGUUCUCCCUCAUGUUGCUGUUAUUCUUAUUCCUGGGCAAACCUUACCACUGCAGCUUUUUCGUCCUCAAGAAAUAUCCAUGAUGCGAAAUCUGAUUCAGAAAGACAGAACGUUUGGCAUCCUGGCAUACAGUGAACACACUGACCGUGCUGCAGAAUUUGGAACCACAGCAGAAAUUUAUGAAUAUAGGGAGGAACAAGAAUAUGGUAUUGAAACUGUGAAAGUGAAAGCUGUUGGACGUCAGAGGUUUAAAGUUCUUGAAACAAGAACUCAAACUGAUGGAAUUCGGGUUGCAAAAGUUCAGAUCCUGCCAGAGUGGGUCCUUCCUUCAAGUAUAUCAGGAGUUCAGCUUAAUUCUCUUAACAGACUUCAUAUGUUUGUCUCAAAUAAGCCCCCUGCAUGCCGAUUAAAGCAAACCCAGAAGUGGUGGCAGAAAUAUCAAAAGAGAAAUUUCCAUUGUGCGAAUCUGACCUGGUGGCCUCCGUGGGUGUAUUCAUUGUAUGAUGCAGAAAUACUAAUGGAAAGAAUGAAAGUACAACUCCGAGAAUGGGAUGAAAAUCUCAAAGAUGACUCCCUUCCCUCAAAUCCUGUAGAUUUUUCUUAUAGAGUUGCUGCGUGUUUGCCUAUUGAUGAUACCUUAAGAAUAGAUCUGCUUAAAAUUGGUAGUGCUAUUCAGCGGCUCCGUUGUGAAUUGGAUCUGAUGGACAAAUGUACGUCUCUUUGUUGUAAAAGAUGCCACCACACAGAGAUAACCACAAAAAAUGAUAUCUUCAGCUUAUCAUUAUAUGGACCCAUGGCUGCCUAUGUGAAUCCUCAUGGCUAUGUACAUGAAACCCUCACCGUAUAUAAAGCUAACAACUUGAACUUAAUUGGUCGGCCGUCAACUCAGCAUAGUUGGUUCCCUGGCUUUGCGUGGACUAUAGCCCAGUGCCGUACUUGUGGAAGUCAUAUGGGUUGGAAGUUUACAGCAACUAAGAAAGACAUGUUGCCCCAGAAAUUCUGGGGAUUAACACGGGCAGCUCUGCAGCCCAGGAUACCAGAACUGGAUGAUGAAAGUCAACAGGAAGGAUGUUGGCAACCAUGCCGUUAAUGUGUGUGUGUAUAUAUGUUAAAUAUAUAUUUUAUAUAUAGAUAUAAAUAUCUAUAAGUGAAUAGCACUGUAGUUACUUGUGCCAAAGAACCUCUAGUUCUUAUCAAAAAGUUAUUCAAGAAUAUAACAGCAAAUUGAAUGACGUGCAUGACAUGGCUCUGUUGGAUUUAAUAACUUAAAUGUUAAAAUAAUCAGAAUCAGAUAUAGCACUAUCAUAUGAAAUAUUGAUGCAACUUGUAUCAAUACAUUACGAUACUGUUUUAAGCAACUUGCCCCAGAUCAGGUGCAGUGAUUUAAUGAAGGUUAUCUUUUGGAAACAAAAAACAACUAAAAGAAUAUCACUUGGAAUAUGGAUAAGUCAUUUAACGUUCUGAGAUAUUUGACUAUUUGCUGUUCGAAGGAAGAUUUACCAUAUGAGUUUGGACAGGACACUACCCUGACAUUAUUUUGUUUUCUUUAUUUUAAGUUUACAUACAUUACUGUUAACUAAAGUUAUUUUUCAAAUUGCUGUUUGCAGCUUUCUAAGAUGGAGUUUUAUAUUGCAUCUUAACAGGGUAUUUGUAAAAAUGUUCCAGUUAAAAGGCCCCUCUAUGGAAUGAAUAGUUUUCUUCCAUUAUCUUACUGCAUAUCAACUGUGUUCCUUACUCUAACAACCUAGGGAACUUCAUUCCCAUGGACAAAUGCUGGAUUAGUCAUUGUUUUGCCUUAUUUGCUCAGGUAUUAUGCAAACAAAUAAAAGAGAAUUGUGAACCCCAAACGAGAUUAAUUUUACACACAAAUUUUGGAAAGGUAGUUUCCUUUCUUAGAACAUACAUUAUGAAAUUAGGUACAUCCCCUCUAUUUUUUCCAUCAUAUUAAUAGACUGCAGAAAUGUCUCAUAAUUACGGUAAGAUGUUUUCAGUGGGGGAGUGAAGGCAGUUGGUACCUAUAAAAUGAGCUCGCAAAAUGCAACAAUUUUAAAAGCAAUAUGCUGUUCACAAUUAAGAAAUUAUCAUAUUUUAAUUUUGCAUGUAGGCCUAAUUAGAAAUCUUUUGAUCGUUACCUUAGUGUUCCUUCAAGAUGCUUGAUAACACCUAAUAUUUUAAAAUGGAACCAUUUAAAAUGUCCAUUUAAGCCUUUUUGAUAAUCAUUGUGCAUAAUUCUGGGAGGUGACUUGCAGCAAGCUUAUUCUAACAACUUUAUGAUUUAAUUUUAGUUUUUCAAUAAAUCUACAGUUAUUAUUCUGCUGAGGCUACUGAAAAAUUAUCUGUUGUAGCCAUUUCAAAGCAGCUGGCGUAUUAGUUGUUGACAGACCAGAAUUUGUGAUGUGGUCAACUUGUUAUAAGGCACUACAGUGCUGUUCUUAGUUUUCAUUCUGGCAAAUUACUUAGUUCCUAGUAAAUGGUGUUAUAAUGAGAUCUAUUUUUCUUGAGAUAGUUGUAAAUAAUGGGAUUUACUGUGUGUUUAGUAAUUGAGAAUCAUUGUCUUGAAAGCAUUGUUUUAAUUGUAGGUACUGUAUUCUGGGAAGCAGUGCUCUUUUCAGUACAGAGGCUUGUUUUUGUCAGAUUCAAUUGGAAGUAAUUUAUACUGUUCUUUACAAAGCAAAUGGAAUGGAACUAAGAUACAAGUGAAAUGAUUAAAAUAUUUUGGAGACAUUAACAAAAUUUUGCAAAUUUCUUUUAUAAUGCUACCUACAUCCAUAAUUUUAUAUUUAAUGAACAAAUUAAAGUAAUAAUGUUUUGUAGUAUUGAAAUGUUUUGCAAGGCAAUUUUUGCCUUUUGCUCAACAAAGAAAAGUAUUAGUAAAUCUGUGUUCCUAAGUUGUUGUCUGAUCAGUUUAAAUCUUGCUCUGUAUUCUUGGAUGCUGAGUUGGAUUUGCAGCCAUUUUCACAAUGAUACAGGUUAUUAUGCUCCUAGCUGUAAUUUAACUGGUCCAGUGGAUUAUCCAAAGUAUUUAAAAGUGAAACAGAUAACAGGUUAAUUUUUGAUAUGAUUGGGGGAAAAAGUGGUACAUUGAAGUGCACCUGCUUAAUCUGAGCCAUUUGAAAUUUAUUGGAAGAUGAAGGCUCUCAUUUUGUGGUAAUUUUGCAUUUACUUUUAAAGAUAUUUGAACGUUGAACUGGAUGCAAUGGCAAUGUAUUAGAACACAAUAAAGAAGAAAGAAAUCAGAAAAUGAACAAAUUGCAUUUUGGAAGUUAAAUCUGAGCCUUCUGCUUUUGAAGAAUCAAUAAUAAUUCCACCAGCUGUGAUCUGACUAUUUGGUAUGGUACUUUGCUUUCUGUUUAUGUACUUAGUUUCAUGAUAUUUGAAAGACCUAUUAGUAAUCAAAGAGAACUGAGGUCAUUUUGAGGCUUCAGUAGAUGUUCAUAAAUUCUGAAUUCAGUUUAAUUUUACUGAAAGAAAUGCUUACUGUCCAAGGUGAUGUGGGAACAGUUAUACAAUACAUUAAGUCCUUAAUAAUUCCUGAAUAAUUCUUUUCUCUAUUGAAUCUAAGUAUCGUUAUAGUGGCUUCAGUUCUAGUUACUUUAAAUAUGUUUAUUGCUUUGCCACUCUGAAGACCAUCUCAAAUCAAAAUAACAUUUACAUCUUAGAUUAGAUUAUGAGAACACGCAGUCCUCUUUUAUUGUCAUUUAGUAAUGCAUGCAUUAAGAAAUUUUACAAUAUUUCCUCUGGUGUGAUACCACAAAACACAGGACAGACCAAGACGAAAAAACUAACAAAACCACAUAAUUAUAACAUAUAGUUACAACAGUGCAACAAUACCAUAACUUGAUGAGGAAGUCCAUGAACACAGUAAAAAGUUCAAAGUCUCUCAAAUGUCCCACAUCUCAUGCAGACGGGAGAAAGAAGAAAACCUCUCCCUGCCAUGCCCGACCACAGUCCGACUCUGAGUCAUCUGAAAACUUCGAGCCUCCGAUCAGCUCUCCAACACCAAAUACUGAGCGCCAUCUCUGUCCGAACGAUUCGACCUCAAUCUCGGUCGCCAACAGCAGGCAAAGCCGGGGAUUUUGAGACCUUCCCUCUGGAAGAUUCCCGACUGUGCAGUAACAACAGCAGCAAACUGGCGUUCCAGAAAUUUCUCCAGAUGUUCCUGUGUGCUUUCAUGUCUGUCUCCAUCAAAUCAGAAUUGUCCACGGCCCCUAUUUAAUGGAUACGAUAUCAUUUUUCACCAGAGGGCUGCGCACGCGCAGCACGCUGCUCUCUCUCCUCCCACCGUUUGCUAAGUGACCUCAGCACGACAAGACAUUCACGUUUCUCUGAGUAAUAGGUAAACACUGUUAUCUAGCUUUCCUAUAGGUUGAGAAAUAGUUCAUGAAUUGCCAUGCAGAGUUCAAGUUCUUUGUAAGCACGUUGGAUCAUAUAUUAGAUUAUUCAUAUUAUCUUGAGAGUUUGAUUUACUAGACUUUGCAAAUCUUGAAUCUGUCUUGUAGUUAUCAUUCUCUCACAUUCUUCUCUUAUAUACUUAACCUUCUGAUUGUUGUUGCCAUAACCCUUCCAAGAAAUGGAGCAGCAGUACAUGGCAUCUCAGCCACAGGUGGUGGAAAUUAAAGCCUUCUCAGAUGACCUUCUGUUACCUUUCCCAGUUUCUAAAUGACUGGUUAAAAUCAGUGGGAAAACAUGUAUAUUUAAAAUAAUACGAAUUUAUAUUUACCUAUUUGUUCUUCAGUGAAGGUUAAUGGCUCCAUUCAAGUAUAUAGAGCUGCACUACCACAACAGCUUCUUGUUCUAAAUUUGACAUGUCAAGGUGACUUCUGAGGAAACAGAUUUUACAAUGUUGGAAUCUGAAACAAAGAUAAAUGCUAGAAAAGCUUAGCAAGUCAAAUGGCAUCUGAGGAAAGAAGCGAAAUGUGUCGAGCCAGGGCCUCUUCCUCAGAACUCUUAUUUCACCCUUAACUUUUUAAUUACAUACCGACUUUGAUUCAACAGUAAGUGAGCUCAUUUUAAAUUGUACUUCUCACUCAUUCAUCAUCACCUCUGAACUUCAGGAGGUGGAUGCCCUACUGCUUCCUAUUCCCCUCACUGCAGUUAAUAGACCAUAUUUAGUUGAUUGCUAGCUGGUACUUGUAUUGUGAGCAGAUUGUUCUUUUCUUGAAUCUUGCAAUGUGGAAAUUAAGAAUGAAAUGGAGGUCAGUUGUUUCAUUUAGUCACCUGCUUUGUUACAUUACUGUCCACCUCAAGGUCUGUGGCAAAGGACAAACCUCUCGCCUAAAGGAGAUGGAUGUGCUUUCUAUUCACCCCUUAAAUUUACACCAAUUAUGGCAGGUAUAUGUCAUGUGGCACCAUUCAUUUGAAUUUACUCACUGACCAAUAUUGAAAAGGCCAGUGUGGAUAAAUGGUUUUGGUUGAUAAUUGAUUAAGCAUUCUUGUUUGUUUAAAUAAUUGUGAGUUAAUGUAUAAACAUGUGAAUGGCAGACAUCAACAUGCUACCCUGUGAUAUGUGUGAUCCUCACUUAAAACAAACACGAAGUAAACCCACAGAUCGGACUCCCGUGUCUUCCUUCAAAAUAUUAAACUAAUUUAAAGUUACAAAACAU